AUGCGUCCCACCCCACAAAUGUUCCAACAAGCCGCCCGCUCGGCUCCCGGCUUCCUGCAGCGCCUGGCAAAGAGUCCCAUGGCCCCACCCGUCGAGGUGCUGCCCAUCCUGAUCCUGCCAGUAGGCAUGCUGUCCUUCGCCGCAUACACCGGCUCCCGAGAAUUCAAGUACGACAAGAACCUGAGGCUGAAGAGGACCAACGUCGCCGCCAUGGAACACUAG